AUGAGCCAAACAGCUGAGGAUCUGCUGAUCAUCUAUGACACCGAGGCAAAGCAAUGGGCUACCUACCUACAGUCAGUUUUCACUGGUUCCAUCUCAGAGGCCAGGAUCUGCUGCUGUGACAUUGCUACAGCGUCCAGUCGGAAGGGUGACUUCCUAAGCCUGGCCCGGUGUACCUGCAAGCUCCUAAUCCUUUCCAAGGGCUUGCUGGAGGGUCUUUGCCCAGCAAAGCACUUCUUCCUGUCCCGUGUGUUGAAUCCUGCAGCUCAUGUGGUUGUACUGCUUUGCGGGGUGGAGAGCCUGGCGCCCCUUCUAGAGCUGGUGCCUCUGAAUGGUCAGGAGUGCACGCAGAUCUCUAGUGAACAAGAUCCCUCUGAGUACCUGUCCACUGUGAUGGACAUUUUGGGAAAAGGUAUGUCCUCUGCAGAAAAUAUUGACCCCAUGACACAUAAACCAUCAGCAUCAGAGAUGACGGCGGUGCAGAUGCAGUUAACUGGAGCUGACGGUGCCAGAUCCAGCACUCUGGUUGUUCCUUCCAGAGUUCCCUGUGGGAGCUCCGUGGAGGUGUUUAUUCUUCUGAAAAAUGAGGUGGCUGGCUGCGACGCUGACGUUGUGUUUAGUGGUAAGAAUCAGACGCUAACAGUGAAGCCUCUGCGCUGGAAUGAGCGGAUCCUAUGUGUCAGGGCACCAGAUUUUCCUGCAGGAAAUGUAAGAGUGACGGUCUACAACGGUGGAGUGCCACUGAAUGAUGCACAGUUGCAGUACUACAGCAACAUGGAGGAAAUCACCUGUCUCCUGUCAAGGGUAGCAGACCCUGUAGAGUUCAUGUGUCAGGCUCUUCAGGUGUCCUCUGUGGACAGGCUGGAUCAGAAAUUGUCCUCCAUGCUGCUGGAGAACAUGCCCACAGGAGGCUUUCAAGGACUGCAGUGUGAAAACACACCUGAAAGAGAGUUCCACCACGCAGACAUACCCUCGCUCCUUCACUUUGCUGCUCAGUAUGGACUCAGAAAUGUCUCCAGCCUGCUCCUGCAGUGUCCAGGUGCUGAAAGAACACUGCACACGGCCAAUCGGCAUGGACAGACCCCCGCUGAGAUUGCCAAGAGUCAUGGCCACACGGAGCUUCACGUCUUCUUGAAAGAGACACUGAAUAUGCUCGGCUCAAGCAAGGACAGCGGUGAUGCCGGUGUGUACGAAAUGAUGUGCAGCGCAGGGAAUCUUUCCAUCACAGAUGCACAGAAAAUACAACAAGAGGAGGAUGAAGAGGGGGAGGAUGAAGAUGUCUAUGCACCACUGGGGGUGAGUGAUGAAUAUGACAACAUCCUGAACUCAGCUAAAGCGAAAGCAGUGGUUAUUGCCAAUCGCCCACCAGCACCCACACCCCGGCCUGAAGGCACCCAGGUGAUGGACAGCAAAACCCCUUACAUCACUCAAGUGUUCCAGAAGAAGAAGAAAGCCCUGGGCAAAGGUGAUCUGUACUCACUUCCCUCUAAACAAGUACACGGGCGAGAAGAGAGCAUGACCACCACCUAUGACACCUUUGUGCCAAACCAGAUAGAUGGGCUUCAGCAGCUCAUUGAGCUUCAACAGAAGGUGAAGUCGGGCUUGCUUACUGUGGACGAGGCUCAUGAACGCUUCAGUGACUGGCAGCACGUUCAGAAAGACUUAGAUGCCAAGCAGCAGGAGAAGCUGAGCCAUCUGAGAGCCAGUAUCGUCAACAAGAGUGAGGCUGCUGACAUCGUCUACGAUAAAAUCAACAUCGUUCAUCACACGCCAAGUGUCACGGUGAAUGGAAGUCGAAGAGGGAACCAAGCAGCGGAGUCUGAUUUUUACAGCAAGCCGCUUAAAGGGCAGCAGUCAAUUUUCUUUCGGAAAACAGAGAAACGGUGAAGGCUAAUGAGAAGUGAAGGGACGUUACUCAGUCCGCAUCCAGCUUAGCUUUCCUCUUUUGGGAUAAUUUGUAUUUGUGCAUUUGUUUAAAAAAUAUUUGCAACAUACCAUAUGUGAGAGAUUUUC